AUGUCCAUCACCAGCGAUGCCGGAACGACGACGGCCCCUUUACCUUUGACAACUACUUUCACACCUCCCAGCGCAUGCCUCUCCGAUCUAUGGUUUGUCCAGAGCUCUAAUGGAUAUACCGCUUCGAAUACAUACACGUCUGGAGUAUGCCCCAGGGGCUGGGUGAUGGCCUCUAAUCUCACCACUGAGGUGUCGAAUCAAAUGCAGACGGUGGGGACAUGCUGCCCUCAAUAUCUGUACGUGUGA